CAAAGGCCUCUCUGCACUCUCCAGCUAGUUCACCACCACCAAACCCCACCGCACCGGAGAGAAUGCAACCGCCGCAAAACCCUAGCAUCAUCCCUGUCAGCGAAGUCUACUGGUCUCUCCUCCACAAAGCCGACAAGAAAUUCUCCAAAAUCCGGGAGCUCCCUUACUACCACCGCAACCGCCACGAGUACGACGCCUACUUCUACAAGGUCUUCAAGGUCUACACCCAGCUCUGGAAGUUCCAGCAGGAGAAUCGCCAGAAGCUCGUCGACGCCGGCCUCCGCCGCUCCGAGAUCGGCGAGAUCGCCUCCCGGAUCGCGCAGCUCUACCUAGGGCAGUACAUGAGGACCAGCGAGGCCAGCUACCUCUCGGAGGCGUACAUUUUCUACGAGGCGAUUCUGAGCCGGGAGUACUUCAAGGAGGGCAUGCUUCAGGACCUGAGCUUGGCCAAUAAGCAGCUCCGGUUCGUUUCGAGGUUUCUUGUGGUGUGCUUGCUCCUCAAUCGCAGGGAGAUGGUGCGGCAGCUGCUUCAUCAGCUCAGAGCCUUGCUUGAUGACUGCAAGAGGGCCUUCCAGGAGACUGAUUUUAAAGAAUGGAAGCUGGUGAUUCAGGAAAUAGUUAGAUUUUUGAAAGCUGACACAGCUUUUAUUAAUAUCAAGCCUUUGAGAUAUAGUAUCGUCCUGGAAUGUCAUCCUGAUUCGUUGCCACAUGUUUCCACAUUGGUUGCAAGGAGGUCUUUGAGACUGCGAGAUGCGAUUUUAAGCAGCUACCAUCAUAAUGAGGUAAAGUUCUCGGAGAUCACUCUUGACACUUUUAGAAUGCUUCAAUGUCUGGAGUGGGAACCUAGUGGUUCAUUUUACCAGCCAAAUGUUGCUAGAAAUGGUCAGAAUGGGGCGCCAGGGCCCGGCCGCAUUAAUUACUCCCAAGAUAUUGCUGAUCCUACUCUGCCACAUAACCCGCGGAAAGCUGUCUUAUAUCGCCCUUCUGUUACACAUUUUCUGGCAGUUCUGGCCACAGUUUGUGAGGAGCUUCCCUCUGAUGGAGUUAUCUUGAUAUAUCUGUCAGCUUCAGGUUCUGGAAUGUACUCUGAUCCAACCUCCCUUUCCACUUUGGCCUCUCCAUCUGAUAGACUAAAUCCUUCUGAUGACUCAAGCUUACAUACUAGUUGUUUACACUUUGGAAAUCAUGGAAAUGGAGGAAUAAAUAGCAUAUAUCCCAGUGAUUUGGUUCCAUUUACCAGAAGGCCACUCUUUUUAGUGAUUGACUGUGAUACCAGUGGAGCUUUCGAGGCUAUAAAUGGAGUACAAAAAGGAGAGACAGCUGCAAUGCUCCUAUCUUCAAGCUUUUCAUCUCAAGCUUCUGGUGUUGGUUUCUCUCGUCAGCCAAGUGGAAGCCUAUUCACUCUUUUCCUUACAGCUCCAAUGCAGGCUUUCUGUUUAUUGCUUGGUAUGUCAGGUGCUGACAUUGACACGGAUAUAUAUAGCAAGGCUGAGAAGCUGCUUUCCAGUUCAUUAGGUGACUGGGGGUCUAGUUUGGCAUCAUCAGACACUAUUGAACCUGUUUGGGCACAGGUUUUGACUGAUCCAUUCCUGAGGCGACUCCUAUUGAGGUUCAUAUUUUGUCGAGCGGUGCUAUCACUGUAUGCUUCGACCUUCAAUAAGAAGGAAUUUAUCCCCAAGUGCGUACCAUGCCUUCCAGCGUCUUUCCUGCCGACAACAGUUGCAUGUCAGACAGUUAUAUUGCAGAUAGCGAAUAUCUUUGGAGCAAGCACAAAAUUCAUAUUCUCGGUAGGACUUGUACUCCCAGAAAAUAGACAAAGUGAUGCCGAAUUAAUGCCAUGAUCAUAAAUCAUAUGGAGUAAACAAAUGAUUUAUGAAUCACAUGGCCGGAAAUUUUCCUUUUGCUUAUUGGACUCGAUUCCUUGUUUUGUGUUGGAGGUUGUACAGGACAUUAGAUUGAAUUGCGGAGCUUUGUGCGCCUGUGGUUUUUUACUUUAUAUCCUUUUGUUUGUGAAAUUACCUGUUGUUGAUAAAGGUCAUCCUAGCUUGUAGAGACAAUUUAAAUUUUGUUUUGUAAAAUAGAAAAAAGGUAACGUCUCUUGUAUAAUCUUGUCUAGUUUUGUGUUCCCGCAAU